UCUUCACAUGCUCGUUGACACGGUACCGGUUAGUACCGACCUUAUAAGUUGAACUUAGUGGCAAGAAGUCAAAGUCCGAGCGAGGUACAUACUGUACAUAGAGACGGCUUGCACGAUGAUCAUUAUUAUACUGGGAGAAGUUCAAAAAAAGACGCUGCCGAAUUCGUCGAGGAACCUCCGCUUUAGAAGCACCAUUCAGAAUGAUUCCGUUAUUCUGAUCAUGAUCCACGGGAGCUUUUACGAGGAAGUUUUUGUGUGGGUGCGAGCGUUGAUACGUCUACGGGAAAUGAAUAUCAUCUGGCGUGAUCCUAACAAAAGAGGGCUCAUGAAAUUUUCACAUCGAGCGUCUGAAAGGCUCUUCGCGGCAUGUCGCUCCUCUCUGACAUCAUCCAGGAUGCUGUUAAGGACGUCUACGCCUCUAGAUACGCUAGCUUGGCUGCGAGUGUAAUCAUCGUCUAUGACCAUCUGAUCACUCUGGAUAACGAGUUCGACUUGAUAUGGAAAAGCUCAUGGUCAAUCGGAAAAGGUUUAUUCAUUAUUAAUCGUUACUAUUCGCUGGCCUCUGUCGUUGCCAACAACUACGCUCUCUUUGGAACAGCUCUCACUAAUUCAGUAGGUCUUCGGUACUAUCAUUGGCAAGGCUGGACCGGCCUCAUUGCUUGUAUGAUAGCAGAAACAAUUCUACAAAUGCGGUUAUACGCCUUGUACUUUCUUAACAAGCGGAUUCUGUACUUGAUGGUUGGGAGCUUCAUCCUUACUUCAGCGAGUGCCGCUACCAUCAUGAGCAUUGCCAUAAAUCAAUUCCAAGCUGAAACCCAUCUAUUACCCGGACUACCCUGUGUAGCACUUCACGUCCCUUCAUAUUUUUAUAGUUUCUGGAUUCCGAUCCUAGCUUUUGAAACGCUACUGUGUAUCCUUGCGCUCAUUCGUGGAUUCCGGGCUCAUACCGAAAGUGGGUACCCAGUUCGUUCAGAUUCGGGAAAGCGCCUUGUGAGUCUCUUGAUUAGAGACUCUGUUUGUUAUUACGUGGUCAUGUUUGCCACCUACUUAACGUGUUUGUUGGUGUGGGUUGUCAAUAUUGACCUUCUCGAAGUCCCUAUUGGAUUUUCGAUUGCCUUCUCCUGCGUUCUUGGGAACAGGGUCAUCUUCAACGUUCGAAAAGUGAAUCAAGAGAUGAAGGGAUCUAGUGAGACCACAACCAAUGACGGGACUGAUAAGCUGGAUUCUCUGGAUGAUCCAGAACCACUAUCGGAUACUUUGACAGACUUCGAAAUGGCUCAGCUACGGUCAUUAAGAGCUGAUACCAUUGAAGGAGCUCAUCUUGUGAUUUGAGGAACCUUGCAACGUAUAUACUGUAUCAGCAAGUCAAGUUGUAGCAUUUAGAUUAUACAAGUCACACUUCUAAACGGUUAUCUUGUUAGAUUAUUUCGGGUUAUUUUG